GGGGGCUGCCUGCGGCGGGGAUCGAGCUGGAGAUGACGGGCGACGAUGCCGGAGUGACGGUGGGGCAGCCGCACCUGGCCAAGCAGGACCUCAACUCCCUGGAUGUGACCAAGUUAACACCACUUUCUCCAGAAAUCAUUAGUCGGCAAGCCACCAUCAACAUCGGCACAAUUGGUCACGUAGCCCAUGGAAAAUCUACAGUAGUUAAAGCUAUUUCUGGUGUCCAGACGGUCCGAUUUAAAAAUGAGCUGGAAAGAAACAUCACAAUCAAGCUGGGAUAUGCCAAUGCUAAGGUUUACAAAUUAGAUGACCCCGGUUGUCCAAGGCCCGAUUGUUACAGAUCAUGUGGUAGCAGUACACCAGAUGAGUUCCCGUCAGAUAUUCCUGGCGUCAAAGGGAAUUUCAAGCUAAUCAGGCAUGUUUCUUUUGUGGAUUGUCCUGGGCAUGACAUUUUGAUGGCUACUAUGUUGAACGGAGCUGCUGUCAUGGAUGCGGCUUUGCUACUAAUAGCCGGCAAUGAAUCUUGUCCUCAGCCUCAGACUUCAGAACAUCUGGCUGCUAUUGAAAUCAUGAAACUGAAACACAUUCUGAUUCUGCAAAACAAGAUUGACCUCGUAAAGGAAAGUCAAGCAAAGGAACAGUAUGAGCAGAUACUUGCUUUUGUUCAAGGUACAGUGGCAGAAGGGGCGCCAAUCAUUCCAAUCUCAGCACAAUUGAAAUAUAACAUUGAAGUGGUUUGCGAGUAUAUUGUAAAGAAAAUUCCAGUUCCCAUCCGAGACUUUAUAUCUGAACCUAGGUUAAUUGUUAUUCGAUCCUUUGAUGUUAACAAGCCUGGUUGUGAAGUAGAUGAUCUAAAAGGUGGUGUGGCUGGUGGCAGCAUUCUGAAAGGAGUGCUAAAGGUAGGACAGGAACUUGAGGUUCGACCAGGUAUUGUGUCAAAAGACCAUGAAGGGAAGCUGAUGUGCAAGCCCAUCUUUUCCAAGAUUGUGUCACUUUUUGCAGAGCACAAUGACCUCCAAUUUGCAGCCCCUGGCGGCCUCAUUGGUGUUGGAACAAAAAUUGACCCAACUCUUUGCCGUGCUGAUCGUAUGGUGGGACAGGUUCUUGGUGCUGUAGGAGCUCUCCCAGAAAUCUUCACAGAGCUGGAAAUUUCGUACUUUCUUCUCAGGCGGUUACUGGGUGUGCGUACUGAAGGUGAUAAGAAAGCUGCAAAAGUUCAAAAACUAUCCAAAAAUGAGGUGCUGAUGGUAAAUAUAGGAUCGCUUUCUACUGGAGGACGAGUCAGUGCAGUAAAGGCUGACUUGGGAAAGAUCGUGCUCACAAAUCCAGUGUGUACAGAAGUUGGUGAAAAGAUUGCUCUCAGCCGAAGAGUAGAGAAACAUUGGCGUUUAAUCGGUUGGGGCCAGAUAAGAAGAGGUGUAACGAUAAAGCCAACAAUUGAUGAUGAUUAAAUCUGGAGAGCAUAUUAUCAUUGAAGAGGACUAGUCUACUGUGGAAGUGCACACCAUUUUCCAAAUACUGUUGAAUGCUACUUAAACAUUGUUUAAAAGAACUUCUGGUAUCAUGCCAGUAAAUUUGAAAAACUGACUUAAAAAAAAAAAAAAAAUUUCAAAUAUCUCCUGGUGAAGAAAAUUGUCUAAUUUAUAUUUGAAUAUAAGUUGUGUUCAGAGAGAAUGAGGUUCCAUUCAGUCAGAUCUGUGAACACUGACAAUAAACAUUAAACAGUGUUUUGACAUUUA